AUGGCUGUCGCAGCGGAAGCAAUCCACAUGGACCAUCAGGUCGAUCUGUCAACCAUUCCCAUCUCCCCCAAUGGCCAAAGUCAAGGCGCCGAUUUCAAAGACAGUGACAAGCCCGUGACUGUAUUCCACGACAAGGAUAACUUCAACGUCAAGCAUCCUCUCCAGAACAAGUGGACUCUGUGGUUCACCAAGCCCCCUAGUGGAAAGGGCGAUAACUGGAACGACUUAUUGAAAGAGGUCAUUACUUUCGAUUCCGUCGAGGAGUUUUGGGGCGUCUACAACAAUGUCGCACCCGUUUCCGAACUGGCUCUCAAGUCCGACUACCAUCUGUUCAAGGCUGGUGUGCGACCUGAGUGGGAGGAUCCUCAGAACAAACACGGUGGAAAGUGGUCCUAUCAGUACAAGGAUAAGCGGAGCAUCGAUGUGGACAGCCUCUGGUUGCAGAUCAUGAUGGCUGCCAUUGGCGAGACUCUCGAGGACGAGGACGAUGGCGAGGUCAUGGGUGUUGUCGUCAAUGUCCGCAAGGGCUUUUACCGUAUUGGAGUCUGGACACGCACUGUUGGCAGGCCCGUCACUGGACGUGGCGAUGGCGACGUUGCUGGGGGUAAGGGCCGCAGUGAGAAGAAGGGCAUAGACAUUCUCAUGUCCAUUGGUCGACGCGUCAAGGAGGUUCUCGAGCUUCCCCCUAGCGAGAAGGUUGAGUUCUCUGGUCACACGGACAGCGCCGUGGCUGGUAGCACAAGAGCCAAGGCGAAACAUACCGUGUAG